CUUCUCUCCACUCUUACAGCAGAAAAAAAUCUGAAUGCAUGAGGAAAGGUAGUGUUAUCCCUGCGCUGAACCCUUUACACUGUAAACCUCUAACACUGUAACCUUAGCAGUGCUUUCCGUACCCUAUGUUAUCUCUUCUGGCAUUUCCUCGUUUAAAUAACUAAUCCAACUGAAUCAAAAUCAUGGCCAGUAACUCCAAGACAGUUGUCUGUGUUGGAGAUCUUCCUCCCCAACCUUUUAAGACUUUGGAAUGCUCGCCUCUUGAGUUAUGCUCUAAAGGCAUGCAGUGCUUCCAAAAGCAAAAUGUGUGGGGAGACAAGAUACAACAAAGACAAGAUACUGCAAGGUCAAGGAGUGGAUGAGCCCCUUUCUGAUACUGGUUUCAGACAGGCAGAUGCUGCUGGUGUAUUUCUCAGUAAUAUGAAAUUUACCCAUGUAUUUUCAAGUGACCUCCUUCGAGCAAAGCAGACUGCUGCCACAAUUAUAGGAAAAAAUAAGUUUUGCAAAGACUUGGAAAUCAAGUAUGAUGCAAGACUUCGAGAGAGAGUAAGUGCUAUAAAAAUUUGUUUUUACUAAUGAUCAACUUGAGAGUAUAAGUUACUGAUGAUAGAUUCAUGAGUCAGUAAGAAUCUGGUGUAGUAGUGAGGAGCACAGCUUGGAUAUGUUUUUAGUUGUUUAAACCAAACUCUUUACAUAAGGUAAUAAUUUUUUUUUGCCUAAGUAUGGAAUGUUGAAGCAAAGAUAAUAUUUAGUAAUCUUAAGGAUAUAUGCAAGACAAGGUUUAUGUGUAAAGCUAAGUCUUAAAUGUAAUAAAAAGAUAAUGUUUCUAAACAUGUAAAAUAGAAAGGAUGUUCUUUCUACCUGUCAUUGCCUUAAUGGCACAAAUUGAUCUUGACUUAUUAGCAUUUCAUACCUUUUUUUAGCACAAAGACUAAUAGAAAAUUUUCUAGUAAUGGUAGACAAUCUACUUUCCCUGCUUUCCUGAAUAAAGUUUUUU